CGUAGAAAACAGUUUUCCCGACUUGCUCGAAAUUUUUCUUUGGUUAGAUUUCCCCGCUGGCGAUUUUUGACGUUUGAACGUCAAGAAGCCGCACACGUGCAUUAGUGUCUGCUGAUUAUGUUAAGAUUGUUAAAACCCCUAGAAUGAGUCUGUGCAGGUCACUCAGACUGCUUAGCUCUGCCUUUAAGCACGCGAAUGGCGUGGCGAGUGCCGCUGCCGCACAGAAGCGACUGUACUCCGCGUCCGGUGGAGUUGAGCUCAAAAGGCGACUGAAAGCCGAGCAGAAGGCCAAGGAGAAGGCUGAAAAGGUUGCAGCGCAGCAAGCUCAGCCCCAGAAAAAGGUCGAAGCCAAGCCAAAGAUCAGCGAGGAGGAUAUCUCGCCGAACGAGUACUUCAAGCUCCGCAGCACGGCAGUUGCGGAUUUGAAGAAGGACCCCGCUUCGCACCCGUACCCACACAAAUUCCACGUUAGCAUCUCCCUAGAAAACUUCAUAGAGAAAUACAACAGUCUCAAAGAUGGCGAGGUCCUGGAGGACGCACCGCUUAGCGUGGCGGGAAGAGUCCACGCGAUUCGAGAGUCUGGCGCCAAACUGAUAUUCUACGAUUUGCGCGGUGAAGGAGUCAAGUUGCAGGUGAUGGCGAACGCUAAGCUGUACGAAAGCGAAGAGAAGUUCCACGCGGAUACAGCCAAGAUUCGUCGAGGUGAUAUUAUUGGGGUGAAUGGGGUGCCGGGAAAGACUAAGAAGGGAGAACUUUCGAUCAUGCCCAAGACGAUCAAGCUGUUGUCGCCUUGUUUGCACAUGUUGCCCCAUCUACACUUCGGACUUAAGGACAAGGAAACAAGGUUCAGGCAGCGAUAUCUGGACUUGAUUCUGAACAAUAAAGUGAGGGAGACGUUCCACAUUCGUGCUAAGAUAAUUUCAUACGUUAGACAAUUCCUAGAUCAAAUGGGAUUCUUGGAGAUCGAGACUCCAAUGAUGAAUAUGAUUGCUGGAGGCGCCACUGCCAAACCUUUCGUUACGCAUCACAACGAGCUGAAUAUGGACUUGUUCAUGCGAAUCGCUCCUGAAUUAUACCACAAAAUGCUCGUAGUCGGUGGAUUGGAUAGAGUCUACGAAAUUGGCCGCCAGUUCCGAAACGAAGGCAUUGAUCUCACGCAUAACCCUGAGUUCACCACCUGUGAAUUCUACAUGGCCUACGCCGACUAUCAAGACCUGUUGGAAAUGACGGAGCAGAUGGUCUCGGGUAUGGUAAAAUCGAUCCACGGCUCUUACAAAAUCAAAUAUCACCCCGAGGGCCCGGAAGGUCCCGAACAAGAGAUCGACUUCACGCCUCCAUUCAAGCGUGUCUCAAUGAUCAAAACCCUAGAAGAAAUGCUUAAAGUGAAAUUCCCGAGUGCGACGAAUCUGAACUCGAAAGAAGCCAAUCAAUUCCUGAGCGACCUGUGCAUCAAGCAUCAAGUUGAGUGCCCGGCCCCUCGGACCUCGUCGCGUCUCCUCGACAAACUUGUUGGCGAAUUCAUCGAAGAGACUUGCAUCAACCCAACAUUUAUCUGUGACCACCCUCAAAUUAUGAGUCCGCUCGCCAAGUACCAUCGGUCCGAACCAGGACUCACGGAACGUUUUGAACUGUUCGUAAUGAAAAAAGAAGUUUGCAAUGCUUACACGGAAUUGAAUGAUCCAGUGGUGCAACGCGAGCGGUUUGAACAGCAGGCAAGUGAUAAGGCGGCUGGUGACGAUGAGGCCCAAAUGGUUGAUGAAAACUUCUGCACAGCUCUUGAAUACGGUCUACCUCCAACCGGCGGUUGGGGCAUGGGCAUUGACAGGCUGACCAUGUUCCUGACGGAUUCAAAUAACAUCAAGGAAGUACUGCUGUUCCCCGCUAUGAAGCCAGACGACCCCAAUCGCGCGCACCCGGCCGAGGUUCAAGUUAACGGCGACGCGGCAGGUCCAGCUGAGAAGCAGUAACUCGGAAUCCGGUGUAACAGGUAACAAGGAGACAACAGCAAACUACGUGCUUUCCGGAAAGUAUUAACGUUGAUCAGUUGCAGGUGAAAUCGUGUUGACAGUUUAUUUAUGGAAUAUUAUAAAAAUAAAGUCUGUCCGUUUCCUAAAA